CCGGAAGUGGUUGUCACUUCCGCCCAGAAAGCGAAGCUGAGGCUCGGACCCGGUCGGACCAGCGGUUCCGGUUGCGGCACCAUGGACGUGGAGGACGAGAGCAUCCUGGUGUCCGUGUUCAAGGACAGCUUCCCGGACAGCUGGAGGGACAACCCGGACUUCUCGGCCUACCUGUCCGAGCUCAGCGCCUGCGGCCUGGACAAACUGGGCCGGGAGCCGGAGCGGCUGGCCGAGGAGCGGAACCAGAUCCUGCAGCAGACCCGGGAGCUGGCCUUCUCCAACUACCAGACCUUCAUCCGAACCGCGGACUGCACCGAGCACAUCUACCGGGACUUCGGCCGGGUGGAGGGCAGCGUGUCCCGGCUGCUGGACAAGCUGCCCCGGUUCGGAGAGAGGUGCAGGACCUUCAUGACGGAAGCGGAGCAGAUCGCUGUCAGCCGGCGGAUGAACAGCCUGACUCUGAACCGGCACACGGAGAUCCUGGAGAUCCUGGAGAUCCCGCAGCUGAUGGACACCUGCGUCCGCAACGGCUACUACGAGGAAGCGCUGGAGCUGGCUGCCUAUGUCCGCCGGCUGGAGAGGAAGCACGCCGCGCUACCUGUGAUCCAGGACAUCGUGCGGGACGUGCGGCAGGCGGCGCAGCUGAUGCUCAACCAGUUGCUGCAGCAGCUGCGCUCCAACGCCCAGCUGCCCGUGUGCCUGCGCGUGAUUGGCUACCUGCGGCGGAUGGACGUGUUCACGGAGGCGGAGCUCCGGGUGAAGUUCCUGCAGGCGCGCGGCGGCUGGCUGAGCUCCGUGCUGGACGCCGUCCCCGACGACGAUCCUUACGUUCACAUCACCAAGACGGUGGAGGCGUGUCGGGUCCACCUGUUCGACAUCAUCACGCAGUAUCGCGCCAUCUUCUCUGACGACGACCCGCUGGCGGGCCCCCCGGAUCCCCAAGGCACCCAGGGGGAGGCGGCCAUCUUCCACGGCUGGGUGGCGCAGAAGGUGGCGGAGUUCCUGGUGACGCUGCAGAGGGACCUGCUGCGCGGCGUGGGCCCCCGACUGGACUCGCUGCUGGGCCAGUGCAUGUACUUCGGCCUGUCUUUCAGCAGAGUGGGGGCCGACUUCCGCGGCCAGCUGGCGCCGCUAUUCCAGCAGGUGGCGCUGGAGGCCUUCCAGGCGGCGCUACAAGAGGCGGUGGACCGCUUCCAGGAGGACAUGAACCGCUACACUCUGGUGGCCCUGCCAGUGGCGCUGGGGGGCGCACUGGCCCCUGCGGCCCCCGGUGUACAGCCUGGUACCCUGCAGCCCCCCGCCGCCCUGCUGGACUUCCCGCCGCUGGCCUGUUUCCUCAACCACGUCCUGAGCGCCUUCAACGACCUGCGGCUCUGCUGCCCCCUGGGGGCGGCCCAGGACGUCAGCCGAAGCUUGGAAGACGCCCUGAGGACGGUGACCCGUGUCGUUGUGGCGUUCCACCGGGCCGAGCAGUCGGCCUUCAGCAGCAGAGAGGAGGAUUUGUUCGUCCAGUUCUGUUCAUCAUUCGCUGACGACCUUUUGCCCUUCCUUAGCCGCUGCCUGCAGGUUCUGUUCCCUCCGGCCCAGUUGGCGCUGGUUCUGGGUGUUCCUGUGUCUCAGCUGCACAAGUACGGCGAUCUGGGCCGCAUCGACGUCUCUGCCAUCCUGCAGCCGCUGGACUUCAUUCUCCCUCAGAAGGAACCAGAACCAGAACCGCUGCUAGGAGCCGACAUCCCAGCCGAGCAGGGCUCGCUCACUCAGCCGGAACCAGAAAGGGAACCUUCUCAGCCGGGCCGCACAGAGACUCCAGCAGAACUGGAGGCUGAUGCAGAGUGACGGGCCAGAACCAGAACCUCGGCAGGGUUCUGAUGGACUUGCAGAAUCAUUGUGGGUGACGGGAUCUUGAAGUACAGCUGUGAGAACCGAACUUUCCUCUGUUCAUUAAAACCUCAGUUGUA